AUGUUCCUGUGGCGGGCGGAGGAGCUGACGCUGUUAGAUGGUGCUGAUGCGUCUGACAGCCCGUGGCUUCUUUAUCGCGGCGUGCAAAAUAAGGAUGUGGCUGACAUCGCGUAUUAUGUGGAAAGUCAAAAUAGGCUCAACAUAGCAAUGGCGGCUGUUUCUCUGCAUAUCACCGGGGAAGCAGCUCUAAGGUCUGGCCUGGUCUGGUUGCUGGGCAAUGCGCCUGUUCAGAUGGUUGAUGUUGGUGAUGAGGAUCAGUUGAGGGGUUUUCAAGCAUUAUCCGGGGAUUAUACAUUGGAAAAGGAAUCAGCUGUGUAA